GAAGCAGCUUCACUUUUCAGAGCCAGAGGUUACAGCUUGGUCCAGAGUCAGCUUCUGCAGCUGUCAAGUCUUUCCACUCUUCUGUUCAUUUUCUGGACAACAAUGGAGCCCAUCAACAAAUACUACAGUAGGUAUAAAAACUAUGUCUUUCGCAAACAAACAACGGCUGAGCAAAUUGAUGCUCUUCAAAGCUUUGAAGUGAGGGACAGCGACGUCUACCUCAUCACUUAUCCAAAGUCAGGCACCAUAUGGACUCAGCAGAUCCUCAUCUCCAUUUUUUCGUUGGGCGGAGAUGUGGACGAAUCAAAAAACAACAUGCUACAGAUGCCCUGGCUGGAGUUCAUGAAGGAUGAUUUUGGCUACACCAACCGACCCUCUCCACGGCUCUUCACCUCCCAUCUCACCCCGAUUCUCAUGCCUCCAGGAGUGAAAGACAAGAAGCCAAAGGUCAUCUAUGUGAUGCGGAAUCCCAAGGACAACGUAGUCUCAUAUUAUCACUUCACCAAGGGAUGCUCUCACCUGCCAGAGAUUGGAGACUUUUCAGAGUAUCUUGAGGACUACCUCAAGGGAGAUGUUAUAGGAUCAUCCUGGUUUGACCACAUCAAGGCGUGGUAUACACAAAAAGACCAAUACGACAUCCUCUUCCUGAACUACGAGGACAUGAUUUUGGACCUGAAAGGAGAAGUGGUGAAAAUCUGCAAUUUCUUGGGUAAAAACCUGAGUGAGGCUGAUAUCCAGAAUGUUGUAGAGAAAGCUGAGUUCAAGAGCAUGAAGACAGACUCAAAAGCCAACUACGAGUUUUUGGAAAAAAGGAAUAUCUCAGUAACUUUCAUGCGCAAAGGUCAGAUUGGUGACUGGAAGAACACUUUAACUGUGAAUCAGAGUGAAAGAAUAGAUCAGCUCAUCAAGGAGAAACUCGGGGAUCUACCUCUGAAGUUCAUCUAUGAAUAAACAGCCACAGCAGCUCUACGAUGUCAAUGUUCUAAUGCAGUGCUUCACAAACUUUUUUGGUCAUUCCCAUUUAAAUAAAGGGGAACUUUCAAGCCCCACUUGCCACAACCACCCCAACAAAAAUACUGACAAAUUACACACUUUUAAAUUUAUUAAACUUACACAAACACAUAACAAAUAAAAAUUCAGUAACACCAAAUAGUACAAAGUCCAAAAGAAAAUAAAAGUGCAGCUGUGCCAUCACUUGUGUCAAAAACAAAAGUCAAAAGGGAUCUGUAUUUUAUUUACUGAAGCAACAGCUGAGAAGCCCAUCUCACAGAGAUAAGAUGUGGCCAAAGGUAGGACAAGCCAAACAACUGUCUAAUUAGAGAGCUGUCUGCAUUCUCCAGGCUCAUUGUACCCAUUGAAAUUAAUACAGAAAAAAAUCACUUGCUCACAUGCCUUGACAGAAUGAUUUGCUUUCUUUUGUGUCGCUUUUUUGCACAUAUUCCAAAUGACAGUGUUUCAUUAUUUUCUGUACGUUUAACUACUUUUGGCUCCAGCAACAUUAUCCUGAUAAUUUAGUGAAACAGAAUCCUCAGGUCAUACUGUCGUCUGUUUAUAGAACAGGGGUCAGUGAAUCUGGGCUGCAUUUUAUUGACCUUACUGUCCCGUGUGUUAAGCUAGAGAUAGAGCUAGAAAUCCAGAGAUGGCAGCAGAAGCUGAGCAGCAAGGAUAGAGUGCUCGCAUGUGGCUAGUGGAGCUGCCAUGGAUUUGUGGUAAAAUCCAGCAUUGUUCUCCUAAAUGAGCUGGGCAUAGAGAGUUGCGAUAAGCCACAUGUCCCCGUCACCAGAGCGAGGAAGUGAAUGGCUGAAUGAACACGGCAAAAAUGCACCACAAGAUUCAAAGAUGAGAAAUAAAAACUGGUUUUGUCAAA